CUCCAAUGCAUGAAAGUGAAAAGUGAAAGUGAAGUCGCUCAGUUGUGUCCGACUCUUAGCGACCCCAUGAACUGCAGCCUACCAGGUUCCUCCAUCCAUGGGAUUUUCCAAGCCAGGGGCCAAACAAUUGGAGAAACUUCUUUAAAACAAAGCAAUAAUUACUUGCCUCAUUUUGGAAAUGAACCAGGAAUAUCUAAAAUAACCAAUAGGAAGUCCUAAUGCGCAACAGAUGUCUAGGAGUAUCAGCCUGAGCUGACAUCUUACCAGACAGGAGAAAAAGUGAAAAGCACUUGGAAUUUUAAUUGCAGGGUGGCCUUAUCUAAAUGACUGCACAAUUUCUUUUUGUGUUUGCAGACCACCAAUUUCCCCCAGACCCCUUGGACAGAAACCCCUUCCAGAUGACUGUUCCAACUUAUGUUUACACAGGACACUGGGUCCGAGUUGCACUCCCCACAUGGUUCAAUGCAAUCUCCAGAUUGAAUUCUUGCUGAGCCUCCUGGACAUGUUACUUCACUUCUCUGAGCUUCACUUUCCACAUGAGCAGAGUGAUGAUGCUAACACCCCUAAGCAGGGCUGAGUUACAUAUUCAAUCAGGCACCAUGUGUGAAGUCCUCAGCAUUUUUGUUGGUAACCGAUGGGACUGUGGGCCAUGAAGUCUCAUGGAACACUUUUUUUCAUGGUGCAUUUUGAGAUCUCCUACCUGCCCAGUCUCCUUGAGGGAGGGAAGGUGGAAGGUACUGGACUGGAUGGAACAUAGCCCACAUCAUUCCCAGGAAAAGGCUUGCCCUACUCUGUACCAGGCUUCCUUCAUAAAAUUUCUCUGAAACAACCUGGCCACCAGCUUGCACAUGACUCAGUGAGCAGCUGUGGGUGUGAGCAAGCUUUUUAGGAAAGGCAGGAAGAGUAGCUGGGAGAGAUAAACUGUGGGCUUCAGAACGCAGGCUGCUAUACGGACAGCAGCCUUUCCGGGACCUGUGGUCUAAAAGACAGCGAAGAAGAUGAGCGCACCAGGAGACACAGCCUGGACAGACUCUGAAGGCUUCAGAGGGGAGGAAGGAAGCUCAGAGCAGUCGAGUAUUUUACAUUCGGUAACAAGGACCCAAGCAAAGAGUGAGAGGGAAGGAUUCGGAACACAGCACAGAGCCAGCACCAUGAAUGCCGAGGAGGACGCCAAGUGGCUUCAGUGGGUGACGCACCAGUUUAAGACCAUUGCGGGAGAAGAUGGGGAAAUCAACCUGCAAGACUUCAAAAAAGCCCUGAAAGUGAAAGAGUCUUUCUUUGCUGAGAGAUUCUUUGUCCUGUUUGACUCGGAUGGAAGUGGUACCAUCACACUUCAGGAGCUGCAGAAGGCACUGACCCUGCUCAUCCACGGCAGCCCCAUGGACAAACUCAGAUUCCUCUUCCAGGUGUAUGACGUCGACGGCAGCGGCUCCAUCGACGCCGACGAGCUGCGCACCGUGCUGCAGUCGUGCCUGUACGAGAGCGCCAUCUCACUGCCCGAGGAGAAGCUAGACCAGCUGACGCUGGCGCUCUUCGAGUCGGCCGACAAGGACUGCAGCGGCACCAUCACCUUCGAGGAGCUCCGAGACGAGUUGCAGCGCUUCCCCGGGGUCAUGGAGAACCUGACCAUCAGUGCUGCUCACUGGCUAACGCCUCCAGCUCCCCAGCGACACCGGCGCCAACCUCGCCCGCUGACCUCUGCCUUCUGGCACAACCACCGCAGCCAUGCGCUCUGCCUGGCCGUCUUCGUGGGCCUCCACGUGCUGCUGUUUGCCCUGGCAGCUAGUGCCUACCGGGCCUUCGGAGCCAGCGUCAUGGUGGCCAAGGGCUGUGGCCAGUGCCUCAACUUUGACUGCAGCUUCAUCGCGGUGCUGAUGCUCAGGCACUGCCUCACGUGGCUGCGGGCCACAUGGCUGGCCCAAGUCCUGCCCCUGGACCACAACAUCCAGUUCCACCAGCUUAUGGGCUACGUGGUGGUUGGGCUCUCCCUCGUGCACACUGUGGCCCACGUGGUGAACUUCGCGCUCCAGGCUCAGUCUGAGACCAGCCCCUUCCGGUUUUGGGAACUCCUGCUCACCACAAGGCCUGGCAUCGGCUGGGUCCACGGCUCGGCCUCCCCAACUGGUGUGGCUCUGCUCCUGCUGCUGCUUCUCAUGUUCGCCUGCUCCAGCUCCUGUGUCCGCAGGAGUGGCCACUUUGAGGUGUUCUACUGGACCCACCUGUCCUACCUCCCCAUGUGGCUCCUGCUCAUCCUGCAUGGGCCCAACUUCUGGAAGUGGCUGCUGGUCCCUGGCACGUUGUUCUUCCUGGAGAAAACCAUCAGCCUGGCAGCAUCCCGCAUGGCGGCCCUGCACAUCGUGGAAGUCAAUCUCCUCCCUUCCAAGGUCACUCAUCUCCUCAUCAAGAGGCCCCCUCUUUUCCACUACAGACCUGGUGACUACUUGUAUCUGAACAUCCCCAGCAUUGCACGCUACGAGUGGCACCCCUUCACCAUCAGCAGUGCUCCUGAGCAGAAAGACACCAUCUGGCUACACAUCCGGUCCCAGGGCCAGUGGACCAACAGGUUGUUUGAGUCCUUCAAGAAAUCAGAGCCAGUGUUCUGUGGUUCCAAGAGGCUCUCGAGGAGGUUGGAGAUGAAGAGGAGUCAGAGGAAGCCCCAGCAGGGCUUGCAGCCCCAGCCCAUCGAUUUCGGAGUCUCAGCACAGGGUGCAGUAGCCUCCCACAAGGAGGUGAUUGUGGAGCUGACAUCCUACAGGCCGGAGGGAGCUCCGUGGCAGGGACACGGAGGCCUGGUGAACACGGGGACAAAGGACUGGACUCGGGCACAGAGGGAAGCUGCAGCCGAGGACCCGGCCCUGGUCUCCGAGAUGUCCUCUGAGAACCACAAGUUCUGUAACAUCAAGUGCUACAUCGAUGGCCCUUAUGGGACCCCCACUCGCAGGAUCUUUGCCUCCGAGCAUGCUGUGCUCAUUGGUGCAGGCAUUGGCAUCACGCCCUUUGCCUCCAUCCUGCAGAGCAUCUUAUACAGACACCAGAAGAGAAAGCACAUUUGCCCCAGUUGCCAGCACUCCUGGAUGGAGAGCGGUCAGGACGAGGACAUGAAACUCCACAAGGUGGACUUCAUCUGGAUUAACCGAGACCAGCAGUCUUUCGAGUGGUUUGUGAGCCUGCUGACCAAACUGGAGAUGGACCAGGCCGAGGAGACACAGGAGGGCCGUUUUCUGGAGCUGCACAUGUACAUGACCUCUGCGCUGAGCAAGAACGACAUAAAGGCCAUUGGUCUGCAGAUGGCCCUCGACCUCCUGGCCAAGAAGGAGAAGAAGGAUUCCAUCACGGGCCUCCAGACACGCACCCAGCCUGGGCGGCCUGAUUGGAACAAGGUGUUCCAGAAGGUGGCCGCUGAGAAGAAAGGCAAGGUGCAGGUCUUCUUCUGUGGCUCCCCGGCUCUGGCCAAGAUCCUCAAGGGCCACUGUGAGCAGUUCAGCUUCAAGUUUUUCCAAGAGAACUUCUAGCCCUGCCUCUCCCAGCUCUGCCCAAACCCACUGCCCGCCAGCCUGAUCAGACUGCUGCUAGUGCCUUGCAGGGACCAGCCUCAGAGGAGCCAGCGAAUCCAGCUUCACGUGCAGAACAGGAGGCCCUAGGAGGCAGACGGACUUCCUUGAGAGCCCAGGGAGAGGGCGGGGACUGUGAGUUUGGGAACUGCUGUGAGGCUGGGCAGACUUGGCCGGGGGGUAGAGGGGUGGAGGUGACAUGGUUGGGGGCACAGGGGGCCUUCCCAGGACAACACCUCCUCCAGAAGUCCUCUGAGGACACCUUCCCUCCUCCUACAGUGGUCCCAGAUCCACCUGAUCAUCAGGGUCAUUCCGGAACUUACACACACACAGCAUUUUAUUAUGAAAAUUUUCAAACAUACAGAAAAUUUAAAGACUUGUCCAGGGAACAGUGUUACCCACUUUCUAGAUUCCUCAGUUAACAUUUUACUGUGUUUGGCUUACUGCAUAUUUUCCAUCUCCCCCUCCCUCUGUUCAUCCAUCAGGCUAUCCUGUUUUGCUGAUGUAUUUCAAAGCACACCUUGCUACUCAGAGGAACUUUCUUUAAAGGUAGAUUCCUGGGACCCAUGCCCAGAAAUUCUGAUUCUGCAGAUCUGGGGUUGAGACCUGGAAUGUGUGUUUUAUCCAGAAUCCAUGUCCAUAGGGAGAGAUAAGCAGCUAAUUUUCCCUUCUCUUUAUGUUGUUGUCUUCCCAUCUCUCUCUAUAUCUGUGUCCCUUUUCUUCUCCCUGCCUGUCUCCUUGUGUCUCUCCCCUGUGUGUGUGCCUUCCUUGCUCGGCACGAUGCUUUUCCCUUCUCUCCACACACUGAGUCAUUAGAGAAGUGGGAUGGAGACAGAGUCUCCGUGUGUGUCUCUCCAUGGGUGUCACGGAGAAGUCCUGUGCCUGGGAAUCUGGCAGGUUGUGACUUGUAGCUCAGUUCUGCUGUGCCCCAGUGGUGUGGCCCUGGAAACCUCCUCAAGCUUGUUUCUUCAUCUGAAGGAUGGGCCGGAUGCCCCGCCUCUCUGAUCACAGUUGCUGGGGGUGAAAUGAGACAUCACCAGUAGUCGGGAUGUUCGUACUCUGUCUCUGGGUGGCUCUUUAUUGCUCCAGCAUCUGAGUCUCUGCAUCUUCUCUCUACUUCAUGAAAGUGAAAGUGAAAGUCGCUCAGUCGUGUCCAACUCUUUGCGACCGCAUACACUAUGCAGUCCAUGGAAUUCUCCAGGCCAGAAUACUGGAGUGAGUAGCCUUUCCCUUCUCCAGGGGA